AUGAGGAGAAGACCAACCCAACUGGUUUUGUCUCAUUUGUUCUCUCUCUCAUCAGCGCUUCUGUUUACAGAAAUAUUAGCAUCAACGGUUGAGAGCAGAACAAGUAUUCCAGUGAAUGUGAACGUGGGAGUUGUUCUUGACUUGAAUAGAUGGAUUGGACAGAUGGGGUUGAGCUGUAUCUCGAUGGCCCUCUCGGACAUGUAUGACGACACAUCUCAUGAAGCUAAUUACUACAAGACUAGGCUGGUGUUGAACACCAGGGACUCCAAGGAGGAUGUUGUUGGUGCAGCUUCAGCAGCUUUGGACCUCCUAAAAAAUGUGCAAGUGCGAGCCAUCAUAGGGCCAGCAACAUCCAUGCAGGCAGACUUUGUUAUUGAUCUUGGGGACAAAGCUCAAGUGCCCGUUAUUUCAUUCUCAGCAACUAGCCCUUCUCUCUCGGCCUUCCGGUCUCCAUACUUUAUUCGAGCUACCCAAAAUGACUCAUCUCAAGCAAAGGCCAUUAGUGCAAUUGUCAAAGCCCACGGAUGGAGAAGAGCGGUGCCCAUUUAUGUAGACAAUGAGUUUGGAGAGGGGAUCAUACCAUUUCUUACUGAUGAGUUGCAAGAGAUUGACACUCGUGUGCCCUACCGGAGUGUAAUCCCUCCAAGGGCCACGGAUGAUCAAAUUGUGGCAGAGCUCUAUAAGUUGAUGACUAUGCCCACUAGAGUCUUCAUUGUGCACAUGUUGCCCUCUCUAGGAUCUCGGCUUUUCACCAAAGCAAAAGAGGUCGGCAUGAUGAGUGAAGGCUAUGUUUGGAUCAUGACGGAUGGAAUAACUGAUCUCUUGAGUUCAUUGGACGCUUCGGUGAUUGAUUCAAUGCAAGGGGUGUUGGGUGUGAAACCUUACAUUCCAAGAACGAAAGAGCUUGAGAAUUUUACAAUUCGAUGGAGAAGGAAGUUCCAACAGGAGAAUCCAAACGUCCUUGAUGCAAAACUCAAUGUUUUUGGACUAUGGGCUUAUGAUGCUACCACUGCACUAGCCAUGGCAGCUGAGAAAGUACUUGGUGCUACCAACAGUACUAAUUUUGGCUUUCAAAAGGCAAACAUUUCUGCAGAAAAUUUUACAGACCUUGAAACUUUUGGAGUCUCUCAAGAUGGUCCAAUGCUUCUCAAAGCAGUAUUAGAUACUAAAUUGAGAGGCCUUAGUGGAGAUUUCCAUAUAGUUGAUGGGCAGCUGCAAUCAUCAGCUUUUCAAAUAGUAAAUGUGAUGGGUAAUGGGGAAAGAGGGAUUGGAUUCUGGACACCAGAAAAAGGAAUCACUAAAGAAUUGAAUUCCACAGCAACUACUUAUUCCUAUUCCACUUCGAGAAACAAUCUUGGAUCUAUUAUAUGGCCAGGUGAUACUACAUCCACUCCCAAGGGUUGGGUGAUUCCGACAAAUGGAAAGACGUUGAAAAUAGGAGUUCCAGUAAAAGACGGUUUUAUUCAAUUUGUAAAAGUAGAACCAAAUCACCAAACUAACACAACAAAGGUCACAGGGUUCUGCAUAGAUGUCUUUGAUGCCGUUAUGGCAUCUCUACCAUAUUCUGUUCCUUAUGAAUACAUACCUUUCAUGAAGCCUGAUGGUGAGAGUGCCGGUAGCUACAACGACAUGGUGCAACAAGUGUUUCUUGGGAACUAUGAUGCUGUGGUAGGAGAUACUACUAUUAUUGCGAACAGGUCACUGUAUGUGGAUUUCACUCUACCAUAUACCGAGUCUGGCGUAUCAAUGAUCGUACCAAUCAAAGACAAGAAGAUAAAAAAUGCUUGGGUGUUCCUGAAGCCAUUGACUUGGGACCUCUGGGUGAUAACCUUCUGUUCCUUCGUUUUCAUUGGUUUUGUGAUUUACGUUCUUGAACAUCGAAUAAAUGAAGAUUUCAGGGGGCCACCUUCCCAUCAAGUUGGGACUAUCUUCUGGUUCUCCUUCUCCACCAUGGUUUUCGCACAUAGGGAGAAAGUGGUCAACAACUUGGCUAGAUUUGUGGUAAUCAUUUGGGUAUUCGUGGUGCUCAUUCUAACUCAAAGUUACACCGCAAGUCUAACAUCGAUGUUAACAGUUCAGCAGCUCCAACCAACGGUUACGGAUAUACAUGAGCUUGUAAAGAAAGGGGAGAAUGUGGGUUACCAAGAGGGUUCCUUCGUUCUGGGACUCCUAAAACGGAUGAACUUUGAUGACUCCCAACUGAAGAUUUAUAGCACUCUAGAGGAAUUGAAUGAACUUUUCAGGAAAGGUAGUGGAAAGGAAGGUAUUGCAGCUGCUGUUGAUGAAAUCCCCUACAUGAAGCUGUUUCUUAGAAAGUACUGCUCAAAAUAUACCUUGGUGGAACCUACAUACAAGACUGAUGGUUUCGGCUUUGCCUUUCCAAUAGGUUCUCCUCUGGUACCUGAUGUUUCAAGAGCAAUCUUAAAUGUUACAGAGGAAGAUAUAAUGGUAGGAAUUGAGAAAAAAUGGUUUGGUGAUCAAAGCAGUUGUCCAGACCCGAACACUUUGGUUUCUUCAAAUAGUCUUGGUCCUGACAGCUUUUGGGGCCUCUUCAUCAUUGCUGGAGUUGCUUCAAUUUCAGCUCUCAUUGUAUAUAUAUCUUUGUUCCUUUACGAGCAUAGGCAUGUCUUGAGCCGCUUUGAGCCCAAAACUUCAGUAUGGAGAAAGAUCAUAGUGAUGGUUCGACACUUUGAUAAAAAAGAUCUCUCCUCCCAUACUUUCAGGAAAAGUGAAUUGCAAGACAGAAGUAGCAUUCGCGGUAUGGAUGGUAUGAAUGCUAAUUGCCCACCAAGUCCAUCAAGCUUUUCUCUCCAUGCAUCUCCUCAGACUGAUGGCCCUCCAAGUCCAUCAGGCUUUUCUCUCCAUGCCUCUCCCAAUACUACUGGCCCCCCAAAUCCAUCUAGUUUUUCCAUCCACAAAGAUGGGAACUUUGUUUUCUUUGGAGAGCAGGGAACUCCUCCGUGUGAGUAUGAUGAUCUGAAUCCAAAUGGGCAAACAGCUCAAGAGAUUGUGCCAGCCAUUUAGCUCACUAGUCCAAGUCAAGAACGGCCAAGGGCUUCAGAGUCUGCAGAUGCAAACCAGUAAUGUUAAUUGUCUCGUAGCUUUCAUGAGGAUGCCAUCCUCCAUUGUAUUUUCGUACAGAAGUAUUAAUUGUAGUUCCCAAUUAGAAUGAGGAAAUAUGACAAAUAGAUCAAACUCUGUGGUGUCCAUGCAGGAAAGUAGUAUUUCUAAUGUGCAUAACUGGAACUUAUG